AUGCGCAUUCCUCUUAUCACGAGUCGAUAUCAAGACCUUGGCCGUCGAAAAGGCGGUGGCGGUGGUGGUAAAGGCGGCGGGAGCGGUGCAAAAGGAGGCACAGGCGGCAGCUCAGGGAGCUCGAGCAGCAGCAGCGGCGGUGAGUCUAACAGCAAGACCUCAAAGGUACCCAUCACGGGAAGCUCCGCUAGCGGCAAGAGCACCGCAACGGCGUACGGAUCUGGAGGUGGAAAAUCUAUAACUAUCCCCACCGGACAGCUUUUUGCCGGCCGCACAGCUGGAGGCGCUACUAGAGGGGAGAUGUACGGCACAAGAGCGUAUGGAAGUGGAUACCCUGGGUACUCUAGCUAUGGUGUUGCAGGCCGAGGCUUUCCGUUUUGGUACUGGCCGGUUGUUUGGGGAGCGAGUACCAACCCGUACUACCAUGAUCCUGAAUACGGCGAUUCUUCCAAUAGCAGUAGGACAGGUGGACCGAUGGCACAGGCAAACUUCGUCUCAAACAGCACAGGCUCUACUUUCCACCUACUAUCCGACAACAGCACGAUCAGCUCCUUGAUCAGUUCUAUCCACACCAACUGCUCGUCGAAUCUAUCGUCCUCGAGUUCAAAUUCCUCAUCACCAUACAAUUCAUCCGCUCCAGGAGGCCCUCAGCCAGAACAAGCGAUACAGUACUACCGCUCUUCAAGCGUCGUGCUCACUUUGGACGGCUACAAUAACUCGGCUACGUUCAGCAGCAAUAUUAACCCGAACACUACGGACACGCCGUUGCCAAGCUCAGGGGUCGACAUGACUCUUUUGAACUGCUUGAAUUAUACGAUUGGACAGGCUGCUCCGUUGAUUGACGGUGCGAGCUCGCUGUCUCCGCCAUGUCUGGGAUUUGCGGCGCUCGUCUGGCUGGCCUGGUUCUUGGCGCAUUAUGUUUGA